UUGUUGCUGUUUCCAGGAACACAUCAGGAUGCCUGAACCCGCAAAGUCUGCGCCCAAGAAGGGCUCAAAGAAAGCUGUGACCAAGACCGCCGGCAAAGGAGGCAAGAAGAAGAGAAAGACCAGGAAGGAGAGCUACGCCAUCUAUGUCUACAAGGUGCUGAAGCAGGUCCACCCCGACACCGGCAUCUCUUCUAAGGCCAUGAGCAUCAUGAAUUCGUUCGUCAACGACAUCUUUGAGCGCAUCGCCUCCGAGGCUUCCCGCCUGGCUCACUACAACAAGCGCUCCACAAUCACCUCCAGGGAGAUCCAGACCGCUGUGCGCCUCCUGCUGCCCGGUGAGCUGGCCAAGCACGCAGUGUCUGAGGGAACCAAGGCUGUUACCAAGUACACCAGCUCCAAGUAAACCUUCUCAUUGCUGCAAGCUCAACAAAGGCCCUUUUAAGGGCCACACAAACGGCAAUUGGAGCAAAUGGUUCCUGGUUAAUUACUAAAUCAAGGUGCGGGAAUUAA